GUUAGCAGUCCACGGUGUUAAGGCCGAUUUAAGCCACACCCCUACGUAACGGUUGUGCAGGUGGACGUGAUCAAGACGAAAGAACUUUCUCCUGCGCCAUUUUCUUUCGGGGAAUAUGCAAGACGGUAGAAGGUAAGUGCUCAAUUUCACUGACUGAGUAGUCACACGCAUGGUAUUUGUUAAUAAUAUAGUCUACAUUAGCUUUAUAAUGUAAUUGUAAUCGUCUGUUUUGUAUUAAAUUCCACUUUCAGCUAGGGCAAAUGACUAUCUGAUAACGUUAGGUAAUAGCUAGCAGCUAGGUCAUAGCAAAGAUUUUAGCAUGACUCAAUACUCCCUAAUAAUGAACCUACUGUGUAACCGGGAAUAUAUCGCUGGACUUUUUAAAAUACUAGUUAUUAGAAAGUAAAUAGGCUGUACUAGUUAUGUCAGUGCAAGUUGCAAUGUUCCGUUGCCGGUGGGCGGGAGUACCGCGUUAAUGCUAAGCAAGCAGGCUAGCACUAGCAGCUAGUUGAGUUAAAGUUAACGUAGCCACAUUUGGUUGCUGCAAUUGGCGAUGGAGAAGCAUUCAUUAUUGACCGGAUUGGUCUGACUUGUGACCAUAGGCUUGUGACAUGGACAUCAAACUAUGCCCAUAUUUGUCUAAAUAAACACACCAUGACCUCGAAACGCAUUACUUAAGCGAAUUGUAGAAAGACGUUGCGAAUGCAGCUUAAUAAACUACAUCUCCCAUCAACAUUAGCGGUUUCGCGCUAUUUCGUGCACUCGCUGUCGUCGGAAACUAAAGGGGGAGAUGAGGAUCUUUGCUGAAGUGCUUGCGGUAAAAGCUGAAUGUUCUUCAGUUCCAACCACCGAAAAAUUCAUCAAGUUCAUCAAGUAAAUAUACCAACAAGAAGAAAGAUAAAGGAAGAACAGAAUGGCGUUCUGAGAUUGUAUUGAGAGAAUGGCAAUAUGACUUGUAGCCCAGUGAAGGGAAAUAGUCAAAACAUUUGUGAUGAACAUGGACAAGUGAAUGUUAUCCUGCCUCAGCAGCUCGACUUGCAUGCAUGCUCAUUUUCACUAAAUACAAUCUAAAGCACAAUUCGAAAAUAACAUUUGCCCACUGACCAUCAGUCAGAUAUUUCAAAUAAAUAUAAAUAUAUUUGAUUAGGCUAUGCUGGGUUUCAUGGAAGUGAAAAUGCUUAUUUACUGCCUAAUGCUACCACUAGAGAAUGUUUUAGUAGUAGCAUGGAGUCAGAUCACCAUGAACAUAUUUACAUUUGCCAAAUUUUGCAGGAUACUUUAUAUACAGGCUAAUUGCCUAGUACAUUCAAAUCUAGUUUCCUGUAAUUGUUUCUUAUUUCUCAGUCCUUAAUAUUUGAAACUGGUGCAUUGACAUGUUUAACUGUUUGCCUGACACUUGUGUAUCUUAUUAUAGUUUUUAACAAAGAAAUGCUGGUUCAAGUGGAGUGCAAGGGUGUCCUGAAAUGGGUUCGAAUACCAAUGAAGGAUGACGGCUACGAUUACUUUCAGUUCAUUCAAGAAGUUUCAGCUAAAUUCAGCCUGCCAAAUGAACCUGAUGUGAACCUGAAGGACUCCUCAGGAGUUGAUGUAGAUGCUGACAUUUUUGAUGAGUUAGUGAGAUCUGCUGCAGUAUCUUUCAAAGUGUUUACUGAGGACUCUGCUGAGAAAGAGGUCUCUGAGGCUUCCUUCUGCUCAGAUGAGGGAUCAUUCUCAUCCAUUGAGUCUGUGAGGUCAUCCUCAUCAGUUGAGUCUGUAAGUUCAGGCUCCACUGUGAUCACAGAAAGCACCAAAGAACGGAGAAGGCGACUGUUAGAAGGACCACCUGACAGUAAAGCAGCAAAAGAUAUGGUCUAUGUAGCUCUACAUCAAAAAAACAGGGGUGAAGACAUAUUCAAAGAGUACAAUACGACCAAAGGCCUUUCUGAUCAAACAAGAAGGAAACUCGUCAACAUCCUGGUGGCAGAUAUGAUUGAGAGUCAUGGGAGGAUCCCACCAAUCAAUGUCCGUGUGACCUAUGCCCUUGGAAUAGUCACCCUUUUCCCCAAUUUGAAGGAUAAGGCCUCACCAACUGGAUACGAACAUUACUAUGAUCCUCACAGUGGCCAAGGUUACUUGGCCUACAGAUUGAAAACAGUUCAGCGCAAUACCACAAGUAAUUUCAAGAGGAGCCCCAAGUCUGCUGAUCAACAUGGCCCUAAGACCCAGCGUGAGACAUCUACAUCUGAGCAGCUGUCAGGUGAUGAAUGCAGAGAAGUGAUGUCUGUGAUGAAGCAUUCAGCAGACCAACCAGUUGUGAGGGAGAAAAUGAAGGCAACCUUCAAGCACCGUCAGAGUAUGCUACACGAUCCAGACCAGUCUUCAGUCAUCCUAGAUCACUUCCCCCGAUUCUUGGAUACACCAGGCUUGAUUAACCAAGACUUCACAAUGCUAUUUGGAGAAGACGUCUCGGGCAAGUUUAUCGCGAAAUGGCCAACAUUCUACAAACCUAGGAUUAUCACUGUCUGCGAAAGCCUUCGCCCUGGUACUCAUGUGGAUGACCUUCUCUCUGCUCAAGAGGAAAUGAAUGAUUAUGGAUGGGACAGUGACUUGGCAGCUAUCCUCCUGCUUAUUCAUCUCUUGCCUCCAACCGCAAAAGGGAAAAGACAUGGGAAGAUCAGUGCCACUGAAGCUACUGACCAUGUGGUCAAGUUCAUGAAGGUGGGGACAAGCAUGGUGACAUUCCUUGACAGAGUUGGAUCAGCACAGCCCUUCCUCCUCUGUGUUGGAGAAAAGAAGAGUAGUAUCCAAAAGUUCUACGUCAUCCUCGACCAGAAGGCCAUCCCCUGUAUGGCGCAGACAGCUGUGGCUGCCUUCGACGAACUGUUUAAGGCCCACUUCGUCUUUGCUGUAUCCUACGAUGAGGCCUUGUGCAACUUCUACACCUUUAUUCAGACUACUGUGUAUGGGAUUGAUGUCGGCACUACAAAAGAGAGUCCACGGGUCAAGCAGACCUGCAAACUUGUCGCUUUUCGGCGACAAUCGCCGUUUUCUUGGUCAAUUGGGUCAUUCACGUAA